AUUUCACCAGUGACUGAGGUCAAGCCUGUCGAAGCUGUGAAACCAAUUUCGCCAGUGACUGAGAUCAAGCCUGUCGAAGCUGAGGAACCAAUUCCGCCAGUGACUGACAUCAAGCCUGUCGAAGCUGAGAAACCAAUUUCGCCAAUGACUGAGAUCAAGCCUGUCGAAGUUGAGAAACCAAUUUCGCCAGUGACUGAGCUCAAGCCUGUCGAAGCUGAGAAAGCAAUUUCGCCAGUGACUGAGGUCAAACAUGAAGAACCAGAAAAACCAACUUCGCCAGUGACUGAGAUCAAGCCUGUCGAAGCUGAGAAACCAAUUUCACCAAUGCCUGAGAUCAAGCCUAUCGAAGCUGAGAAACCAAUUUCGCCAAUGACUGAGAUCAAACAUGAAGAACCAGAGAAACCAACUUCGCCAGUGACUGAGAUCAAGCCUGUCGAAGCUGAGGAACCAAUUCCGCCAGUGACUGAGAUCAAGCCUGUCGAAGCUGAGAAACCAAUUUCGCCAAUGACUGAGAUCAAGCCUGUCGAGGUUGAGAAACCAAUUUCGCCAGUGACUGAGCUCAAGCCUGUCGAAGCUGAGAAAGCAAUUUCGCCAGUGACUGAGGUCAAACAUGAAGAACCAGAGAAACCAAUUUCACCAAUGCCUGAGAUCAAGCCUAUCGAGGCUGAGAAACCAAUUUCGCCAGUGACUGAGGUCAAACCUGAAGAACCAGAGAAACCAAUUUCACCAGUGACUGAGAUCAAGCCUGUCGAAGCUGAGAAAUCAAUUUCGCCAGUGACUGCGAUCAAGCCUGUCGAAGUGGAGAAAUCAAUAUCGCCAGUGACUGAGAUCAAGCCUGUCGAAGCUGAGGAACCAAUUUCGCCAGUGGCUGAGGUCAAACAUGAAGAACCAGAGAAACCAACUUCGCUAGUGACUGAGAUCAAGCCUGUCGAAGCUGUGGAACCAAUUUCGCCAGUGACUGAGAUCAAACCUGUCGAAACUGAGAAACCAAUCUCGCCAUUGGCUGAGAUCAAACAUGAAGAACCAGAGAAACCAACUUCGCCAGUGACUGAGAUCAAGCCUGUCGAAGCUGAGGAACCAAUUUCGCCACUGACUGAGCUCAAGCCUGUCGAAGCUGAGAAAGCAAUUCCGCCAGUGACUGAGGUCAAACAUGAAGAAUCAGAGAAUCCAACUUCGCCAGUGACUGAGAUCAAUCCUGUCGAAGCUGAGAAACCAAUUUCUCCAGUGACUGCGAUCAAGCCUGUCGAAGCUGAGAAACCAAUUUCGCCAGUGACUGAGAUCAAGCCUGUCGAAGCUGAGAAACCAAUUUCGCCAAUGACUGAGAACAAGCCUGUCGAAGCUGAGAAACCAAUUUCACCAGUGACUGAGGUGGAACCAGUCGAAGCUGACAAAUCAAUUUCGCCAGUUACUGUGAUCAAGCCUGUCGAAGCUGAGAAACCAAUUUCGCCAAAGGCUGAGGUCAAACAUGAUGAACCAGAGAAACCAAUUUCGUCAGUGACUGAGAUCAAGCCUGUCGAAGCUGAGGAACCAAUUUCGCCAGUGACUGAGCUCAAGCCUGUCGAAGCUGAGAAAGCAAUUUCGCCAGUGACUGAGGUCAAACAUGAAGAAUCAGAGAAACCAACUUCGCCAGUGACUGAGAUCAAGCCUGUCGAAGCUGAGAAACAAAUUUCGCCAGUGACUGAGAUCAAGCCUGUCGAAGCUGAGAAACCAAUUUCGCCAAUGGCUGAGGUCAAACAUGAAGAACCAGAGAAACCAACUUCGCCAGUGACUGAGAUCAAGCCUGUCGAAGCUGAGAAAUCAAUUUCGCCAGUGACUGCGAUUAAGCCUGUCGAAGUGGAGAAAUCAAUUUCGCCAGUGACUGAGAUCAAGCCUGUCGAAGCUGAGAAACCAAUUUCGCCAGUGACUGAGGUCAAACAUGAAGAACCAGAGAAACCAACUUCGCCAAUGGCUGAGGUGGAACCAGUCGAAGCUGAGAAACCAAUUUCACCAGUGACUGAGGUGGAACGAGUCGAAGCUGACAAAUCAAUUUCGCCAGUGACUGAGAUCAAGCCUGUCGAAGCUGAGAAACCAAUAUCGCCUGUGACUGAGGUCAAACCUGAAGAACCAGAGAAACCAAUUUCACCAGUGACUGAGAUCAAGCCUGUCGAAGCUGAGCAAUCAAUUUCGCCAGUGACUGUGAUUAAGCCUGUCGAAGUGGAGAAAUCAAUUUCGCCAGUGACUGAGAUCAAGCCUGUCGAAGCUGAGAAACCAAUUUCGCCAGUGACUGAGGUCAAACAUGAAGAACCAGAGAAACCAACUUCGCCAGUGACUGAGAUCAAGGCUGUCGAAGCUGAGAAACCAAUUUCGCCAGUGACUGAGGUCAAGCCUCUCGAAACUGAGAAACCAAUUUCGCCAGUGACUGAGAUCAAACAUGAAGAACCAGAGAAACCAACUUCGCCAGUGACUGAGAUCAAGCCUGUCGAAGCUGACGAACCAAUUUCGCCACUGACUGAGGUCAAGCCUGUCGAAGCUGAGAAACUAAUUUCGCCAGUGACUGAGGUCAAACAUGAAGAACCAGAGAAACCAACUUCGCCAGUGACUGAGAUCAAGCCUGUCGAAGCUGACGAACCAAUUUCGCCACUGACUGAGGUCAAGCCUGUCGAAGCUGAGAAACCAAUUUCGCCAGUGACUGAGGUCAAGCCUGACGAAGCUGAGAAACCAAUUUCGCCAGUGACUGAGAUCAAACCUGUAGAAGCGGAGAAACCAAUUUCACCAGUGACUGAGAUCAAGCCUGUUGAAGCUGAGGAACCAAUUUCGCCAGUGACUGAGAUCAAGCCUGUUGAAGCUGAGAAAUCAAUUUCGCCAGUGACUGAGAUCAAGCCUGUCGAAGCUGAGAAACUAAUUUCACCAGUGACUGAGAUCAAGCCUGUCGAAGCUGAGAAACCAAUUUUGCCAGUGACUGAGGUCAUGCCUAUCGAAGCUGAGAAACCAAUUUCGCCAGUGACUGAGGUCAAGCCUAUCGAAGCUGAGAAACCAAUUUCGCCCGUGACUGAGGUCAAGCCUAUCGAAGCUGAGAAACCGAUUUCGCCAGUGACUGAGGUCAAGCCUGUCGAAGCUGGGAAACCAAUUUCACCAGUGACUGAGAUCAAGCCUGUUGAAGCUGAGAAACCAAUUUCGCCAGUGACUGAGAUCAAGCCUGUUGAAGCUGAGAAAUCAAUUUCGCCAGUGACUGAGAUCAAGCCUGUCGAAGCUGGAAAACCAAUUUCACCAGUGACUGAGAUCAAGCCUGUUGAAGCUGAGAAACCGAUUUCGCCAGUGACUGAGGUCAAGCCUGUCGAAGCUGGGAAACCAAUUUCACCAGUGACUGAGAUCAAGCCUGUUGAAGCUGAGCAACCAAUUUCGCCAGUGACUGAGAUCAAACCUGUAGAAGCUGAGAAACCAAUUUCACCAGUGACUGAGAUCAAGCCUGUUGAAGCUGAGAAAUCAAUUUCGCCAGUGACUGAGAUCAAGCCUGUCGAAGCUGGGAAACCAAUUUCACCAGUGACUGAGAUCAAGCCUAUCGAAGCUGAGAAACCGAUUUCGCCAGUGACUGAGGUCAAGCCUGUCGAAGCUGGGAAACCAAUUUCACCAGUGACUGAGAUCAAGCCUGUUGAAGCUGAGAAACCAACUUCGCCAGUGACUGAGAUCAAACCUGUCGAAGCAGAGAAACCAAUCUCACCAGUAACUGAGAUCAAGCCUGUUGAAGCUGAGAAAUCAAUUUCGCGAGUGACUGAGAUCAAGCCUGCUGAAGCUGAGAAAUCAAUUUCGCCAGUGACUGAGAUCAAGCCUGUUGAAGCUGAGAAACCAAUUUCGCCAGUGACUGAGAUCAAACCUGUCGAAGCUGAGAAACCAAUUUCACCAGUGACUGAGAUCAAGCUUAUCGAAGCUGAGAAACCAAUUUCGCCAGUGACCGAGAUAGAAUCUGUCGAAGCUGAGAAACCAAAUUCGCCAAUGACUGAGAUCAAGCCUGUCGAAGCUGAGAAACCAAAAUCGCAAAUGACUGAGUUCAAGCCUGUCGAAACUGAGAAACCAAUUUCGCCAGUGACUGAGGUCAAACAUGAUGAACCAGAGAAACCAAUUUCGCCAGUGACUGAGAUCAAGCCUAUCGAAGCUGAGAAACCGAUUUCACCUGUGACUGAGGUGAAGCCUGUCGAAGCUGAGAAACCUAUUUCACCAGCGACUGAGGUGGAACCAGUCGAAGCUGAAAAAUCAAUUUCGCCUGUGACUGAGAUCAAGCCUGUCGAAACUGAGAAACCAAUUUCGCCAGUGACUGAGGUCAAACCAGUCGAAGCUGAGAAACCAAUUUCGCCAGUGACUGAAAUCAAACGUGAAGAACCAGAGAAACCAAUUUCGCCAGUGACUGAGAUCAAGCCUGUCGAAGCUGAGAAUCUAAUUUCGCCAGUGACUGAGAUCAAACCUGUCGAAGCUGAGAAACCAAUGUCGCCAAUGACUGAGGUCAAACCAGUCGAAGCUGAGAAACCAAUUUCGCCAGUGACUGAGAUCAAGCCUGUCGAAGCUGAGAAACCAAUUUCGCCAGUGAUUGAGGUCAAACCAGUCGAACAAGAGAAACCAAUAUCGCCAGUGACUGAAAUCAAGCCAGUCGAAGCUGAGAAAUCAAUUUCGCCAGUGACUGAGAUCAAGCCUGUCGAAGCUGAGAAACCAAUUUCACCAGUGACUGAGGUCAAACCAGUCGAAGCUGAGAAACCAAUUUCGCCAGUGACUGAGAUCAAGCCUGUCGAAGCUGAGAAACUAAUUUCACCAGUGACUGAGAUCAAGCCUGUCGAAGCUGAGAAACCAAUUUCGCCAGUGACUGAGGUCAUGCCUAUCGAAGCUGAGAAACCAAUUUCGCCAGUGACUGAGGUCAAGCCUAUUGAAGCUGAGAAACCAAUUUCGCCAGUAACUGAGAUCAAGCCUUUCGAAGCAGAGAAACCAAUCUCACCAGUAACUGAGAUCAAGCCUGUUGAAGCUGAGAAAUCAAUUUCGCCAGUGACUGAGAUCAAGCCUGCUGAAGCUGAGAAAUUAAUUUCGCCAGUGACUGAGAUCAAGCCUGUUGAAGCUGAGAAACCAAUUUCGCCAGUGACUGAGAUCAAACCUGUCGAAGCUGAGAAACCAAUUUCACCAGUGACUGAGAUCAAGCCUAUCGAAGCUGAGAAACCAAUUUCGCCAGUGACCGAGAUAGAAUCUGUCGAAGCUGAGAAACCAAUUUCGCCAAUGACUGAGAUCAAGCCUGUCGAAGCUGAGAAACCAAAAUCGCAAAUGACUGAGGUCAAGCCUGUCGAAACUGAGAAACCAAUUUCGCCAGUGACUGAGGUCAAACAUGAUGAAACAGAGAAACCAAUUUCGCCAGUGACUGAGAUCAAGCCUAUCGAAGCUGAGAAACCGAUUUCACCUGUGACUGAGGUGAAGCCUGUCGAAGCUGAGAAACCUAUUUCACCAGCGACUGAGGUGGAACCAGUCGAAGCUGAAAAAUCAAUUUCGCCUGUGACUGAGAUCAAGCCUGUUGAAGCUGAGAAACUUAUUUCACCAGCGACUGAGGUGGAACCAGUCGAAGCUGAAAAAUCAAUUUCGCCUGUGACUGAGAUCAAGCCUGUCGAAACUGAGAAACCAAUUUCGCCAGUGACUGAGGUCAAACCAGUCGAAGCUGAGAAACCAAUUUCGCCAGUGACUGAAAUCAAACGUGAAGAACCAGAGAAACCAAUUUCGCCAGUGACUGAGAUCAAGCCUGUCGAAGCUGAGAAUCUAAUUUCGCCAGUGACUGAGAUCAAACCUGUCGAAGCUGAGAAACCAAUGUCGCCAAUGACUGAGGUCAAACCAGUCGAAGCUGAGAAACCGAUUUCGCCAGUGACUGAGAUCAAGCCUGUCGAAGCUGAGAAACCAAUUUCGCCAGUGAUUGAGGUCAAACCAGUCGAACAAGAGAAACCAAUAUCGCCAGUGACUGAAAUCAAGCCAGUCGAAACUGAGAAAUCAAUUUCGCCAGUGACUGAGAUCAAGCCUGUCGAAGCUGAGAAACCAAUUUCGCCAAUGACUGAGAUCAAGCCUGUCGAAGCUGAGAAACCAAUUUCACCAGUGACUGAGGUGGAACCAGUCGAAGCUGAAAAAUCAAUUUCGCCUGUGACUGAGAUCAAGCCUGUCGAAGCUGAGAAACCAUUUUCGCCAGUGACUGAGAUCAAGCCUGUCGAAGCUGAGAAUCUAAUUUCGCCAGUGACUGAGAUCAAACCUGUCGAAGCUGAGAAACCAAUGUCGCCAAUGACUGAGGUCAAACCAGUCGAAGCUGAGAAACCAAUUUCGCCAGUGACUGAGAUCAAGCCUGUCGAAGCUGAGAAACCAAUUUCGCCAGUGAUUGAGGUCAAACCAGUCGAACAAGAGAAACCAAUAUCGCCAGUGACUGAAAUCAAGCCAGUCGAAGCUGAGAAAUCAAUUUCGCCAGUGACUGAGAUCAAGCCUGUCGAAGCUGAGAAACCAAUUUCACCAGUGACUGAGAUCAAGCCUGUCGAAGCUGAGAAACCAAUGUCGCCAAUGACUGAGGUCAAACCAGUCGAACAAGAGAAACCAAUAUCGCCAGUGACUGAAAUCAAGCCUGUCGAAGCUGAGAAACCAAUUUCACCAGUGACUGAGAUCAAGCCUGUCGAAGCUGAGAAACCAAUGUCGCCAAUGACUGAGGUCAAACCAGUCGAAGCUGAGAAAUCAAUUUCGCCAGUGACUGAGAUCAAGCCUGUCGAAGCUGAGAAACCAAUUUCACCAGUGACUGAGAUCAAGCCUGUCGAAGCUGAGAAACCAAUGUCGCCAAUGACUGAGGUCAAACCAGUCGAAGCUGAGAAAUCAAUUUCGCCAGUGACUGAGAUCAAGCCUGUCGAAGCUGAGAAACCAAUUUCGCCAAUGACUGAGAUCAAGCCUGUCGAAGCUGAGAAACCAAUUUCACCAGUGACUGAGGUGGAACCAGUCGAAGCUGAAAAAUCAAUUUCGCCUGUGACUGAGAUCAAGCCUGUCGAAGCUGAGAAACCAAUUUCGCCAGUGACUGAGGUCACGCCUGUUGAAGCUGAGAAACCAAUUUCGCCAAUGACUGAGGUCAAGCCUAUCGAAGCUGAGAAACCGAUUUCGCCAGUGACUGAGGUCAAGCCUGUCGAAGCUGGGAAACCAAUUUCACCAGUGACUGAGAUCAAGCCUGUUGAAGCUGAGAAACCAAUUUCGCCAGUGACUGAGAUCAAGCCUGUUGAAGCCCUGAAAUCAAUUUCGCCAGUGACUGAGAUCAAGCCUGUCGAAGCUGGGAAACCAAUUUCACCAGUGACUGAGAUCAAGCCUGUUGAAGCUGAGAAACCGAUUUCGCCAGUGACUGAGGUCAAGCCUGUCGAAGCUGGGAAACCAAUUUCACCAGUGACUGAGAUCAAGCCUGUUGAAGCUGAGAAACCAAUUUCGCCAGUGACUGAGAUCAAACCUGUAGAAGCGAAGAAACCAAUUUCACCAGUGACUGAGACCAAGCCUGUUGAAGCUGAGAAACCAAUUUCGCCAGUGACUGAGAUCAAACCUGUCGAAGCUGAGAAACCAAUUUCACCAGUGACUGAGAUCAAGCCUAUCGAAGCUGAGAAACCAAUUUCGCCAGUGACCGAGAUAGAAUCUGUCGAAGCUGAGAAACCAAUUUCGCCAAUGACUGAGAUCAAGCCUGUCGAAGCUGAGAAACCAAUUUCGCCAGUGACUGAGAUCAAGUCUGUCGAAGCUGAGAAACCAAUUUCGCCAAUGACUGAAAUUAAGCCUGUCGAAGCUGAGAAACCAAUUUCACCAGUGACUGAGGUCAAACCAGUCGAAGCUGAGAAACCAAUUUCCCCAGUGACUGAAAUCAAACAUGAAGAACCAGAGAAACCAAUUUCGCCAGUGACUGAGGUCAAGCCUAUCGAAGCUGAGAAACUAAUUUCGCCAAUGACUGAGAUCAAGCCUGUCGAAGUUGAGAAACCAAUUUCACCAGUGACUGGAAUCAAACAUGACAAACCAGAGAAACCAAUUUCGCCAGUGACUGAGAUCAAGCCUGUCGAAGCUGAGAAAUCAAUUUCGCCAGUGACUGCGAUCAAGCCUGUCGAAGUGGAGAAAUCAAUUUCGCCAGUGACUGAGCUCAAGCCUGUUGAAGCUGAGGAACCAAUUUCGCCAGUGACUGAGCUCAAGCCUGUUGAAGCUGAGGAACCAAUUUCGCCAGUGACUGAGCUCAAGCCUGUCGAAGCUGAGAAAGCAAUUUCGCCAGUGACUGAGGUCAAACAUGAAGAACCACAGAAACCAACUUCGCUAGUGACUGAGAUCAAGCCUGUCGAAGCUGAGAAACCAAUUUCGCCAGUGACUGAGGUCAAGCCUGUUGAAGCUGAGAAACCAAUUUCGCCAGUGACUGAGGUCAAACAUGAAGAACCACAGAAACCAACUUCGCUAGUGACUGAGAUCAAGCCUGUCGAAGCUGAGGAACCAAUUUCGCCAGUGACUGAGCUCAAGCCUGUCGAAGCUGAGAAAGCAAUUUCGCCAGUGACUGAGGUCAAACAUGAAGAACCACAGAAACCAACUUCGCUAGUGACUGAGAUCAAGCCUGUCGAAGCUGAGAAACCAAUUUCGCCAGUGACUGAGGUCAAGCCUGUUGAAGCUGAGAAACCAAUUUCGCCAGUGACUGUUGAAGCUGAGAAAGCAAUUUCGCGAGUGACUGAGGUCAAUCCAGUCGAAGCUAAGAAACCAAUUUCGCCAGCGACUGAAAUCGAGCCUGUUGAAGCUGAGAAAUCAAUUUCGCCAGUAACUGAGAUCAAGCUUGUCGAAGCUGAGAAACCAAUUUCACCAGUGACUGAGAUCAAGCCUGCCGAAGCUGAGAAACCAAUUUCGCCAGAGAUUGAAAUCAAGCCUGUCGAAACUGAGAAACCAACUUCACCAGUGACUUCGGUCAAACACGAAGAACCAGAGAAACCAAUUUCGCCAGUGACUGAGGUCAAACCAGUCGAAGCUAAAAAAACAAUUUCACCAGUGACUGAAAUCGAGCCUGUUGAAGCUGACAAAUCAAUUUCGCCAGUGACUGAGAUCAAGCCUGUCGAAGCUGAGAAACCAAUUUCGCCAAUGGCUGAGGUCAAACAUAAAGAACCAGAGAAACCAAUUUCACCAGUGAUUGAGAUCAAGCCUGUCGAAGCUGAGAAACCAAUUUCGCCAGUGACUGAGGUCAAACAUGAAGAACCAAAGAAACCAGUUUCGUCAGUGACUGAGAUCAAGCCUGUCGAAGCUGAGAAACCAAUUUCGCCAAUGGCUGAGGUCAAGCCUGUCGAAGCUGAGAAACCAAUUUCACCAGUGACUGAGGUCAAACAUGAAGAACCAGAGAAACCAAUUUCGCCAGUGACUGAGGUCAAUCCAGUCGAAGCUAAGAAACCAAUUUCGCCAGCGACUGAGAUCGAGCCUGUUGAAGCUGAGAAAUCAAUUUCGCCAGUAACUGAGAUCAAGCCUGUCGAAGCUGAGAAACCAAUUUCACCAGUGACUGAGAUCAAGCCUGCCGAAGCUGAGAAACCAAUUUCGCCAGAGAUUGAAAUCAAGCCUGUCGAAACUGAGAAACCAACUUCACCAGUGACUUCGGUCAAACACGAAGAACCAGAGAAACCAAUUUCACCAGUGAUUGAGAUCAAGCCUGUCGAAGCUGAGAAACCAAUUUCGCCAGUGACUGAGGUCAAACAUGAAGAACCAGAGAAAACAGUUUCGUCAGUGACUGAGAUCAAGCCUGUCGAAGCUGAGAAACCAAUUUCACCAGUGACUGAGGUCAAACAUGAAGAACCAGAGAAACCAAUUUCGCCAGUGACUGAGGUCAAUCCAGUCGAAGCUAAGAAACCAAUUUCGCCAGCGACUGAGAUCGAGCCUGUUGAAGCUGGGAAACCAAUUUCACCAGUGACUGAGAUCAAGCCUGUUGAAGCUGAGAAACCAAUUUCGCCAGUGACUGAGAUCAAGCCUGUUGAAGCUGAGAAACCAAUUUCGCCAGUGACUGAGAUCAAACCUGUAGAAGCGGAGAAACCAAUUUCACCAGUGACUGAGACCAAGCCUGUUGAAGCUGAGAAACCAAUUUCGCCAGUGACUGAGAUCAAACCUGUCGAAGCUGAGAAACCAAUUUCACCAGUGACUGAGAUCAAGCCUAUCGAAGCUGAGAAACCAAUUUCGCCAGUGACCGAGAUAGAAUCUGUCGAAGCUGAGAAACCAAUUUCGCCAAUGACUGAGAUCAAGCCUGUCGAAGCUGAGAAACCAAUUUCGCCAGUGACUGAGAUCAAGUCUGUCGAAGCUGAGAAACCAAUUUCGCCAAUGACUGAAAUUAAGCCUGUCGAAGCUGAGAAACCAAUUUCACCAGUGACUGAGGUCAAACCAGUCGAAGCUGAGAAACCAAUUUCCCCAGUGACUGAAAUCAAACAUGAAGAACCAGAGAAACCAAUUUCGCCAGUGACUGAGGUCAAGCCUAUCGAAGCUGAGAAACUAAUUUCUCCAGUGACUGAAAUUGAAUCUGUCGAAGCUGAGAAAUCAAUUUCGCCAGUGACUGAGAUCAAGCCUGUCGAAGCUAAGAAACCAAUUUCGCCAAUGACUGAGAUCAAGCCUGUCGAAGUUGAGAAACCAAUUUCACCAGUGACUGGAAUCAAACAUGACGAACCAGAGAAACCAAUUUCGCCAGUGACUGAUAUCAAGCCUGUCGAAGCUGAGAAAUCAAUUUCGCCAGUGACUGCGAUCAAGCCUGUCGAAGUGGAGAAAUCAAUUUCGCCAGUGACUGAGCUCAAGCCUGUUGAAGCUGAGGAACCAAUUUCGCCAGUGACUGAGCUCAAGCCUGUUGAAGCUGAGGAACCAAUUUCGCCAGUGACUGAGCUCAAGCCUAUCGAAGCUGAGAAAGCAAUUUCGCCAGUGACUGAGGUCAAACAUGCAGAGAAACCAAUUUCGCUAGUGACUGAGGUCAAUCCAGUCGAAGCUAAGAAACCAAUUUCGCCAGCGACUGAGAUCGAGCCUGUUGAAGCUGAGAAAUCAAUUUCGCCAGUAACUGAGAUCAAGCCUGUCGAAGCUGAGAAACCAAUUUCACCAGUGACUGAGAUCAAGCCUGCCGAAGCUGAGAAACCAAUUUCGCCAGAGAUUGAAAUCAAGCCUGUCGAAACUGAGAAACCAACUUCACCAGUGACUUCGGUCAAACACGAAGAACCAGAGAAACCAAUUUCGCCAGUGACUGAGGUCAAACCAGUCGAAGCUAAAAAAACAAUUUCACCAGUGACUGAAAUCGAGCCUGUUGAAGCUGACAAAUCAAUUUCGCCAGUGACUGAGAUCAAGCCUGUCGAAGCGGAGGAACCAAUUCCGCCAGUGACUGAGGUCAAGCCUGUCGAAGCUGAGAAACCAAUUUCGCCAAUGGCUGAGGUCAAACAUAAAGAACCAGAGAAACCAAUUUCACCAGUGAUUGAGGUCAAACCAGUCGAAGCUAAGAAACCAAUUUCGCCAGUGACUGAGAUCGAGCCUGUUGAAGCUGAGAAACCAAUUGCGCCAAUGGCUGAGGUCAAGCCUGUCGAAGCAGAGAAACCAAUUUCGUCAGUGACUGAGAUCAAGCCUGUCGAAGCUGAGAAACCAAUUUCACCAGUGACUGAGAUCAAGCCUGUCGAAGCUGAGAAACCAAUUUCGCCAGAGAUUGAGAUCAAGCCUGUCGAAACUGAGAAACCAAUUUCGCCAGUGACUGAGAUCAAGCCUGUCGAACCAGAGAAACCAAUUUCGCCAGUGACUGAAAUCAAGCCUGUCGAAGCUGAGAAACCAAUUUCGCCAGUGACUGAGGUCAAGCCUGUCGAAGCUGAGAAACCAAUUUCACCAGUGACUGAGAUCAAGCCUGUCGAAGCUGAGAAACCAAUUUCGCCAGAGAUUGAGAUCAAGCUUGUCGAAACUGAGAAACCAAUUUCGCCAGUGACUGAGAUCAAACCAGUCGAAGCUGAGAAACCAAUUUCGCCAGUGACUGAGGUCAAACCUGUCGAAGCUGAGCAACCAAUUUCGCCAGUGACUGUGGUCAAACCAGUCGAAGCUGAGAAACCAAUUUCGCCAGUGACUGAAAUCAAGCCUGUCGAAGCUGAGAAACCAAUUUCGCCAAUGACUGAGAUCAAGCCUGUCGAAGCUGAGAAACAAAUUUCGCCAGAGAUUGAGCCUGUCGAAGCUGAGAAAUCAAUUUCACCAGUGACUAAGGUCAAACCAAUCAAAGCUGAGAAACCAAUUGCGCCAAUGGCUGAGGUCAAGCCUGUCGAAGCAGAGAAACCAAUUUCGCCAGUGACUGAGAUCAAGCCUGACGAAGCUGAGAAACCAAUUUCACCAGUGACUGAGAUCAAGCCUGUCGAAGCUGAGAAACCAAUUUCGCCAGAGAUUGAGAUCAAGCCUGUCGAAACUGAGAAACCAAUUUCGCCAGUGACUGAGAUCAAGCCUGUCGAACCAGAGAAACCAAUUUCGCCAGUGACUGAGAUCAAGCCUGUCGAAGCUGAGAAACCAAUUUCGCCAGUGACUGAGGUCAAGCCUGUCGAAGCUGAGAAACCAAUUUCGCCAGUGACUGAGGUCGAGCAUAUCGAAUCGGAGAUAUCAAUUUCGCCAAUGACUGAGAUCAAGCUUGUCGAAGCUAAGAAACCAAUUUCGCCAGUCACUGAGAUCAAACCUGCCGAAGCUGAAAAACCAAUUUCGCCAGUGAGUGAGAUCGCACCUGUCGAAGCUGAAAAACCAAUUUCGCCAGUGACUGAGACCAAGCCUGUCGAAGCUGGGAAACCAAUUGCGCCAAUGGUUGAGGUCAAACAUGAAGAACCAGAGAAACCAAUUUCGCCAGUGACUGAGGUCAAGCCUGUUGAAGCUGAGAAACCAAUUUCGCCAGUGACUGAGGUCAAGCCUAUCGAAGCGGAGAAAUCAAUUUCGCCAGUGACUGAGAUCAAGCCUGUCAAAGCUGAGAAACCAAUUUCGCCAGUGACUGAGGUCAAGCCUGUCGAAGCUGAGAAACCAAUUUCGCCAGUGACUGAGAUCAAGCCUGUCGAAGCUGAGAAACCAAUUGCGCCAAUGGCUGAGGUCAAACAUGAAGAACCAGAGAAACCAACUUCGCCAGUGACUGAGAUCAAGCCUGUCGAAGCUGAGAAACCAAUCUCGCCAGUGACUGAGAUUAAGCCAGUCGAAGCUGGGAAACCAAUUUCACCAGUGACUGAGGUCAAACCAGUCGAAAUUGAGAAACCAAUUUCGCCAGUGACUGAGAUAAAGUCAUUCGAACCAGAGAAACCAAUUUCGCCAGUGACUGAAGUCAAACCAGUCGAACCAGAGAAACCAAUUUCUUUAGUGGCUGAGAUCAAGCCUGUCGAACCAGAGAAACCAAUUUCGCCAGUGACUGAGGUCAAACCUGUUGAAGCUGAGAAACCAAUUUCGCCAGUGACUGAGAUUAAGCCUGUCGAAGCUGGGAAACCAAUUUCACCAGUGACUGAGGUCAAACCAGUCGAAAUUGAGAAACCAAUUUCGCCGGUGACUGAGAUCAAGUCAUUCAAACCAGAGAAACCAAUUUCGCCAGUGACUGAAGUCAAACCAGUCGAACCAGAGAAACCAAUCUCGCCAGUGACUGAGAUUAAGCCUGUCGAAGCUGGGAAACCAAUUUCACCAGUGACUGAGGUCAAACCAGUCGAAAUUGAGAAACCAAUUUCGCCAGUGACUGAGAUCAAGUCAUUCGAACCAGAGAAACCAAUGUCGCCAGUGACUGAGAUCAAGCCUGUCGAAGCUGAGAAACCAAUUUCGCCAGUGACUGAGGUCAAGCCUGUCGAAGCUGAGAAACCAAUUUCGCCAGUGACUGAAAUCAAGCCUGUCGAAGCUGAGAAACCAAUUUCGCCAGUGACUGAGGUCGAGCAUAUCGAAGCGGAGAUAUCAAUUUCGCCAAUGACUGAGAUCAAGCUUGUCGAAGCUAAGAAACCAAUUUCGCCAGUCACUGAGAUCAAACCUGCCGAAGCUGAAAAACCAAUUUCGCCAGUGAGUGAGAUCGCACCUGUCGAAGCUGAAAAACCAAUUUCGCCAGUGACUGAGACCAAGCCUGUCGAAGCUGGGAAACCAAUUGCGCCAAUGGUUGAGGUCAAACAUGAAGAACCAGAGAAACCAAUUUCGCCAGUGACUGAGGUCAAGCCUGUUGAAGCUGAGAAACCAAUUUCGCCAGUGACUGAGGUCAAGCCUAUCGAAGCGGAGAAAUCAAUUUCGCCAGUGACUGAGAUCAAGCCUGUCAAAGCUGAGAAACCAAUUUCGCCAGUGACUGAGGUCAAGCCUGUCGAAGCUGAGAAACCAAUUUCGCCAGUGACUGAGAUCAAGCCUGUCGAAGCUGAGAAACCAAUUGCGCCAAUGGCUGAGGUCAAACAUGAAGAACCAGAGAAACCAACUUCGCCAGUGACUGAGAUCAAGCCUGUCGAAGCUGAGAAACCAAUCUCGCCAGUGACUGAGAUUAAGCCUGUCGAAGCUGGGAAACCAAUUUCACCAGUGACUGAGGUCAAACCAGUCGAAAUUGAGAAACCAAUUUCGCCAGUGACUGAGAUCAAGUCAUUCGAACCAGAGAAACCAAUUUCGCCAGUGACUGAAGUCAAACCAGUCGAACCAGAGAAACCAAUUUCUUUAGUGGCUGAGAUCAAGCCUGUCGAACCAGAGAAACCAAUUUCGCCAGUGACUGAGGUCAAACCUGUUGAAGCUGAGAAACCAAUUUCGCCAGUGACUGAGAUUAAGCCUGUCGAAGCUGGGAAACCAAUUUCACCAGUGACUGAAAUCAAGUCAUUCAAACCAGAGAAACCAAUUUCGCCAGUGACUGAAGUCAAACCAGUCGAACCAGAGAAACCAAUUUCGUUAGUGGCUGAGAUCAAGCCUGUCGAACCAGAGAAACCAAUUUCGCCAGUGACUGAGGUCAAACCUGUUGAAGCUGAGAAACCAAUCUCGCCAGUGACUGAGAUUAAGCCUGUCGAAGCUGGGAAACCAAUUUCACCAGUGACUGAGGUCAAACCAGUCGAAAUUGAGAAACCAAUUUCGCCAGUGACUGAGAUCAAGUCAUUCGAACCAGAGAAACCAAUGUCGCCAGUGACUGAGGUCAAACCAGUCGAACCAGAGAAACCAAUUUCGUUAGUGGCUGAGAUCAAGCCUGUCGAAGCUGAGAAACCAAUUUCACCAGUGACUGAGAUCAAGCCUGUCGAAGCUGAGAAACCAAUUUCACCAGUGACUGAGAUCAAGCCUGUCGAAGCUGAGAAACCAAUUUCGCCAGUGACUGAUGUCAAGCCUAUCGAAGCGAAGAAAUCAAUUUCGCCAGUGACUGAGACCAAGCCUGUCGAAGCUGAGAAACCAAUUUCGCCAGUGACUGAGGUCAAGCCUGUCAAAGCGGAGAAAUCAAUUUCGCCAGUGACUGAGAUCAAGCCUGUCGAACCAGAGAAACCAAUUUCGCCAGUGACUGAGAUCAAGCCUGUCGAAGCUGAGAAACCAAUUUCGCCAGUGAAUGAGGUCAAGCCUGUCGAAGCUGAGAAACCAAUUUCGCCAGUGACUGAGGUCAAGCCUAUCGAAGCGAAGCAAUCAAUUUCGCCAGUGACUGAGAUCAAGCCUGUCGAAGCUAGGAAAACAAUUUCGCCAGUGACUGAGAUCAAGCCUGUCGAAACUGAGAAACCAAUUUCGCCAGUGACUGAGGUCAAACAGGAAGAACCAGAGAAACCAAUUUCGCCAGUGACUGAGAUCAAGCCUGUCGAAGCUGAGAAACCAAUUUCGCCUGUGACUGAGGUCGAGCCUAUCGAAGCGGAGAUAUCAAUUUCGCCAGUGACUGAGAUCAAGCCUGUCGAAGCUGAGAAACCAAUUUCGCCAGUGAAUGAGGUCAAGCCUGUCGAAGCUGAGAAACCAAUUUCGCCAGUGACUGAGGUCAAGCCUAUCGAAGCUGAAAAAUCAAUUUCGCCAGUGCCUGAGAUCAAGCCUGUCGAAGCUGAGAAAUCAAUUUCGCCAGUGACUGAGGUCAACCCUGUCGAAGCUGAGAAACCAAUUUCGCCAGUGACUGAGAUCAAGCCUGUCGAAGCUGAGAAACCAAUUUCGCCAGUGACUGUUAAAGCUGAGAAACCAAUUUCGCCAGUGACUGAGGUCAAACAUAAAGAACCAGAGAAACCAAUUUCGCCAGUGACUGAGGUCAAGCCUGUUGAAGCUGAGAAACCAAUUUCGCCAGUGACUGAAAUCAAGCCUGUCGAAGCUGAGAAACCAAUUUCGCCAGUGACUGAGGUCAAGCCUGUCGAAGCUGAGAAAUCAAUUUCGCCAGUGACUGAGAUCAAGCCUGUCGAAACUGAGAAACCAAUUUCGCCAGUGACUAGGAUCAAGCCUGUCGAAGCUGAGAAACCAAUUUCGCCAGUGACUGAGGUCAAGCCUGUCGAAGCUGAGAAACCAAUUGCGCCAAUGGCUGAGGUCAAACAUGAAGAACCAGAGAAACCAACUUCGCCAGUGACUGAGAUCAAGCCUGUCGAAGCUGAGAAACCAAUCUCGCCAGUGACUGAGAUUAAGCCUGUCGAAGCUGGGAAACCAAUUUCACCAGUGACUGAGGUCAAACCAGUCGAAAUUGAGAAACCAAUUUCGCCAGUGACUGAGAUCAAGUCAUUCGAACCAGAGAAACCAAUUUCGCCAGUGACUGAAGUCAAACCACUCGAAACAGAGAAACCAAUUUCGUUAGUGGCUGAGAUCAAGCCUGUCGAACCAGAGAAACCAAUUUCGCCAGUGACUGAGGUCAAACCUGUUGAAGCUGAGAAACCAAUCUCGCCAGUGACUGAGAUUAAGCCUGUCGAAGCUGGGAAACCAAUUUCACCAGUGACUGAGGUCAAACCAGUCGAAAUUGAGAAACCAAUUUCGCCAGUGACUGAGAUCAAGUCAUUCGAACCAGAGAAACUAAUUUCGCCAGUGACUGAAGUCAAACCAGUCGAACCAGAGAAACCAAUUUCGUUAGUGGCUGAGAUCAAGCCUGUCGAACCAGAGAAAUCAAUUACGCCAGUGACUGAGGUCAAACCUGUUGAAGCUGAGAAACCAAUCUCGCCAGUGACUGAGAUUAAGCCUGUCGAAGCUGGGAAACCAAUUUCACCAGUGACUGAGGUCAAACCAGUCGAAAUUGAGAAACCAAUUUCGCCAGUGACUGAGAUCAAGUCAUUCGAACCAGAGAAACCAAUUUCGCCAGUGACUGAAGUCAAACCAGUCGAACCAGAGAAACCAAUUUCGUUAGUGGCUGAGAUCAAGCCUGUCGAACCAGAGAAAUCAAUUACGCCAGUGACUGAGGUCAAACCUGUUGAAGCUGAGAAACCAAUCUCGCCAGUGACUGAGAUUAAGCCUGUCGAAGCUGGGAAACCAAUUUCACCAGUGACUGAGGUCAAACCAGUCGAAAUUGAGAAACCAAUUUCGCCAGUGACUGAGAUCAAGUCAUUCGAACCAGAGAAACCAAUUUCGCCAGUGACUGAAGUCAAACCAGUCGAACCAGAGAAACCAAUUUCGUUAGUGGCUGAGAUCAAGCCUGUCGAACCAGAGAAACCAAUUUCGCCAGUGACUGAGGUCAAACCUGUUGAAGCUGAGAAACCAAUCUCGCCAGUAACUGUUAUCAAACCUGUCGAAGCUGAGAAACCAAUUUCACCAGUGACUGAGGUCAAACCAGUCGAAAUUGAGAAACCAAUUUCGCCAGUGACUGAGAUCAAGUCAUUCGAACCAGAGAAACUAAUUUCGCCAGUGACUGAAGUCAAACCAGUCGAACCAGAGAAACCAAUUUCGUUAGUGGCUGAGAUCAAGCCUCUCGAAGCUGAGAAACCAAUUUCACCAGUGACUGAGAUCAAGCCUGUCGAAGCUGAGAAACCAAUUUCGCCAGUGACUAGGAUCAAGCCUGUCGAAGCUGAGAAACCAAUUUCGCCAGUGACUGAGGUCAAGCCUAUCGAAGCGAAGAAAUCAAUUUCGCCAGUGACUGAGAUCAAGCCUGUCGAAGCUGAGAAACCAAUUUCGCCAGUGACUGAGGUCAAGCCUGUCAAAGCGGAGAAAUCAAUUUCGCCAGUGACUGAGAUCAAGCCUGUCGAACCAGAGAAACCAAUUUCGCCAGUGACAGAGAUCAAGCCUGUCGAAGCUGAGAAACCAAUUUCGCCAGUGAAUGAGGUCAAGCCUGUCGAAGCUGAGAAACCAAUUUCGCCAGUGACUGAGGUCAAGCCUAUCGAAGCGAAGCAAUCAAUUUCGCCAGUGACUGAGAUCAAGCCUGUCGAAGCUGAGAAAACAAUUUCGCCAGUGACUGAGAUCAAGCCUGUCGAAACUGAGAAACCAAUUUCGCCAGUGACUGAGGUCAAACAAGAAGAACCAGAGAAACCAAUUUCGCCAGUGACGGAGAUCAAGCCUGUCGAAGCUGAGAAACCAAUUUCGCCUGUGACUGAGGUCGAGCCUAUCGAAGCGGAGAUAUCAAUUUCGCCAAUGACUGAGAUCAAGCCUGUCGAAGCUGAGAAACCAAUUUCGCCAGUGAAUGAGGUCAAGCCUGUCGAAGCUGAGAAACCAAUUUCGCCAGUGACUGAGGUCAAGCCUAUCGAUGCUGAAAAAUCAAUUUCGCCAGUGCCUGAGAUCAAGCCUGUCGAAGCUGAGAAAUCAAUUUCGCCAGUGACUGAGGUCAAGCCUGUCGAAGCUGAGAAACCAAUUUCGCCAGUGACUGAGGUCAAGCCUGUUGAAGCUGAGAAACCAAUUUCGCCAGUGACUGAAAUCAAGCCUGUCGAAGCUGAGAAACCAAUUUCGCCAGUGACUGAGGUCAAGCCUGUCGAUGCUGAGAAAUCAAUUUCGCCAGUGACUGAGGUCAAGCCUGUCGAAGCGGAGAAAUCAAUUUCGCCAGUGACUGAGAUCAAGCCUGUCGAACCAGAGAAACCAAUUUCGCCAGUGACUGAAAUCAAGCCUGUCGAAGCUGAGAAACCAAUUUCGCCAGUGACUGAGGUCAAGCCUGUCGAAGCUGAGAAACCAAUUUCGCCAGUGACUGAGGUCAAGCCUGUCGAAGCGGAGAAAUCAAUUUCGCCAGUGACUGAGAUCAAGCCUGUCGAACCAGAGAAACCAAUUUCGCCAGUGACUGAGGUCAAGCCUGUCGAAGCUGAGAAACCAAUUUCGCCAGUGACUGAGAUCAAGCGUGUCGAAGCUGAGAAACCAAUUUCGCCAGUGACUGAGGUCAAGCCUGUUGAAGAUGAGAAACCAAUUUCGCCAGUGACUGAAAUCAAGCCUGUCGAAGCUGAGAAAUCAAUUUCGCCAGUGACUGAGGUCAAGCCUGUCGAUGCUGAGAAAUCAAUUUCGCCAGUGACUGAGAUCAAGCCUGUCGAAACUGAGAAACCAAUUUCGCCAGUGACUAGGAUCAAGCCUGUCGAAGCUGAGAAACCAAUUUCGCCAGUGACUGAGGUCAAGCCUAUCGAAGCUGAGAAAUCAAUUUCGCCAGUGACUGAGAUCAAGCCUGUCGAAGCUAAGAAACCAAUUUCGCCAGUGACUGAGGUCGAGCCUGUCGAAGCUGAGAAACCAAUUUCGCCAGUGACUGAGAUCAAGCCUGUCGAAGCUGAGAAACCAAUUGCGCCAAUGGCUGAGGUCAAACAUGAAGAACCAGAGAAAUCAACUUCGCCAGUAACUGAGGUCAAGCCUGUCGAAGCUGAGAAACCAAUUUCGCCAGUGACUGAGGUCAAGCCUAUCGAAGCGGAGAGAUCAAUUUCACCAGUGACUCAGAUCAAGUCUGUCGAAGCUGAGAAACCAAUUUCGCCAGUGACUGAGGUCGAGCCUGUCGAAGCGGAGAGAUCAAUUUCACCAGUGACUGAGAUCAAGCCUGUCGAAGCUGAGAAACCAAUUUCGCCAGUGACUGAGAUCAAGCCUGUCGAAGCGGAGAAACCAAUUGCGCCAAUGGCUGAGGUCAAACAUGAAGAACCAGAGAAAUCAACUUCGCCAGUAACUGAGGUCAAGCCUGUCGAAGCUGAGAAACCAAUUUCGCCAGUGACUGAGGUCAAGCCUAUCGAAGCGGAGAGAUCAAUUUCACCAGUGACUGAGAUCAAGCCUGUCGAAGCUGAGAAACCAAUUUCGCCAGUGACUGAGAUCAAGCCUGUCGAAGCGGAGAAACCAAUUGCGCCAAUGGCUGAGGUCAAACAUGAAGAACCAGAGAAACCAACUUCGCCAGUGACUGAGAUCAAGCCUGUCGAAGCUGAGGAACCAAUUUCGCCAGUGACUGAGAUCAAGCUUGUCGAAACUGAGAAACCAAUUUCGCUAGUGACUGAGGUCAAGCCUGUCGAAGCGGAGAGAUCAAUUUCACCAGUGACUGAGAUCAAGCCUGUCGAAGCUGAGAAACCAAUUUGGCCAGUGACUGAGAUCAAGCCUGUCGAAGCGGAGAAACCAAUUGCGCCAAUGGCUGAGGUCAAACAUGAAGAACCAGAGAAAUCAACUUCGCCAGUAACUGAGGUCAAGCCUGUCGAAGCUGAGAAACCAAUUUCGCCAGUGACUGAGGUCAAGCCUAUCGAAGCGGAGAGAUCAAUUUCACCAGUGACUGAGAUCAAGCCUGUCGAAGCUGAGAAACCAAUUUCGCCUGUGACUGAGAUCAAGCCUGUCGAAGCGGAGAAACCAAUUGCUCCAAUGGCUGAGGUCAAACAUGAAGAACCAGAGAAACCAACUUCGCCAGUGACUGAGAUCAAGCCUGUCGAAGCUGAGAAACCAAUUUCGCCAGUGACUGAGGUCAAGCCUGUUGAAGCUGAGAAACCAAUUUCGCCAGUGACUGAGGUCAAGCCUAUCGAAGCGGAGAAAUCAAUUUCGCCAUUGACUGAGGUCAAGCCUGUCGAAACUGAGAAACCAAUUUCGCCAGUGACUGAGAUCAAGCCUGUCGAAGCUGGGAAACCAAUUGCGCCAAUGGCUGAGGUCAAACAUGAAGAACCAGAGAAAUCAACUUCGCCAGUAACUGAGGUCAAGCCUGUCGAAGCUGAGAAACCAAUUUCGCCAGUAACUGAGGUCAAGCCUGUCGAAGCUGAGAAACCAAUUUCGCCAGUGACUGAGGUCAAACCAGUCGAAGCUGAGAAACCGAUUUCACCAGUGACUGAGUUCAAACCAGUCGAACCAGAGCAACCGAUUUCGCCAGUAACUGUUAUUAAACCUGUCGAAGCUGAGAAACCAAUGUCGCCAGUGACUGAGGUCAAACUAAUCGAACCAGAGAAACCAACUUCGCCAGUGACUGAGAUCAAGCCUGUCGAAGCUGAGAAACCAAUUUCGCCAGUGACUGAGGUCAAACCAGUCGAAGCUGAGAAACCGAUUUCACCAGUGACUGAGUUCAAACCAGUCGAACCAGAGAAACCGAUUUCGCCAGUAACUGUUAUCAAACCUGUCGAAGCUGAGAAACCAAUUUCGCCAGUGACUGAGGUCAAACCAGUCGAACCAGAGAAACCAAUUUCGCCAGUGACUGUUAUCAAACCUGUCGAAGCUGAGAAACCAAUGUCGCCAGUGACUGAGGUCAAACUAAUCGAACCAGAGAAAGCAACAUCGCCAGUGACUGAGAUCAAGCCUGUCGAAGCUGAGAAACCAAUUUCGCCAGUGACUGAGGUCAAGCCUGUCGAAGCUGAGAGACCAAUUUCGCAAGUGACUGAGAUCAAGCCUGUCGAAGCUGGGAAACCACUUUCACCAGUGACUGAGAUCAAGCCUGUCGAAGCAGAGAAACCAAUUUCGCCAGUGACUGAGGUCAAGCCUGUCGAAGCUGAGAAACCAAUUUCGCCAGUGACUGAGAUCAAGCCUGUCGAAGCUGAGAAACCAAUUUCGCCAGUGACUGAGGUCAAGCCUGUCGAAGCGGAGAAAUCAAUUUCGCCAAUGACUGAGGUCAAGCCUGUCGAAGCUGAGAAACCAAUUUCGCCAGUGACUGAGGUCAAGCCUGUCGAAGCGGAGAAAUCAAUUUCGCCAGUGACUGAGGUCAAGCCUGUCGAAGCGGAGAAAUCAAUUUCGCCAGUGACUGAGAUCAAGCCUGUUGAAGCUGAGAAACCAAUUUCGCCAGUGACUGAGAUCAAGCCUGUCGAAGCUGAGAAACCAAUUUCGCCAGUGACUGAGGUCAAGCCUGUCGAAGCGGAGAAAUCAAUUUCGCCAAUGACUGAGGUCAAGCCUGUCGAAGCUGAGAAACCAAUUUCGCCAGUGACUGAGGUCAAGCCUGUCGAAGCGGAGAAAUCAAUUUCGCCAGUGACUGAGGUCAAGCCUGUCGAAGCGGAGAAAUCAAUUUCGCCAAUGACUGAGGUCAAGCCUGUCGAAGCUGAGAAACCAAUUUCGCCAGUGACUGAGAUCAAGCGUGUCGAAGCUGAGAAACCAAUUUCGCCAGUGACUGAGGUCAAGCCUGUCGAAGCUGAGAAACCAAUUUCGCCAGUGACUGAGAUCAAGCCUGUCGAAGCUGAGAAACCAAUUUCGCCAGUGACUGAGAUCAAACAUAAAGAACCAGAGAAACCAAUUUCGCCAGUGACUGAGAUCAAGCCUGUCGAAGCUGAGAAACCAAUUUCGCCAGUGACUGAGGUCAAACAUAAAGAACCAGAGAAACCAAUUUCGCCAGUGACUGAGGUGAAACCAGUCGAAGCUGAGAAACCAAUUUCGCCAGUGACUGAGGUCAUGCCUAUCGACGCUGAGAAACCAAUUUCGCCAGUGACUGAGAUCAAGCCCAUCGAAGCUGAGAAACCAAUUGCGCCAAUUGCUGAGGUCAAACAUGAAGAACCAGAGAAACCAACUUCGCCAGUGACUGAGAUCAAACCAGUCGAAUCAGAGAAACCGAUUUCGCCAGUGACUGUUAUCAAACCUGUCGAAGCUGAGAAACCAAUUUCGCCAGUGACUGAGGUCAACCCAGUCGAACCAGAGAAACCAAUUUCGCCAGUGACUGAGGUCGAGCCUAUCGAAGCUGAGAAACCAAUUUUGCCAGCGACUGAGGUCAAACCAGUCGAACCAGAGAAACCAACUUCGCCAGUGACUGAGAUCAAGCCUGUCGAAGCUGAGAAACCAAUUUCGCCAGUGAAUGAGGUCAAACCAGUCGAACCAGAGAAACCAAUUUCGCCAGUGACUGAGAUUAAGCCUGUCGAAGCUGAGAAACCAAUUUCGCCAGUGACUGAGUUCAAACCAGUCGAACUAGAGAAACCAACUUCGCCAGUGACUGUCGAAGCUGAGAAACCAAGUUCGCCAGUGACUGAGGUCAAACCAGUCGAAGCUGAGAAACCGAUUUCGCCAGUGACUGUUAUCAAGUCUGUCGAAGCUGAGAAACCAAUUUCGUCAGCGACUGAGAUCAAGCCAGUCGAAGCUGAGAAACCAAUUUCGCCAGUGACUGAGGUCAAACCAGUCGAAGCUGAGAAACCGAUUUCACCAGUGACUGAGUUCAAACCAGUCGAACCAGAGAAACCAACUUCGCCAGAGACUGUCGAAGCUGAGAAACCAAGUUCGCCAGUGACUGAGGUCAAACCAGUCGAAGCUGAGAAACCGAUUUCGCCAGUAACUGUUAUCAAACCUGUCGAAGCUGAGAACCCAAUUUCGCCAGUGACUGAGGUCGAACCAGUCGAACCAGAGAAACCAACUUCGCCAGUGACUGAGGUCAAACCAGUCGAAGCUGAGAAACCGAUUUCACCAGUGACUGAGUUCAAACCAGUCGAACCAGAGAAACCAACUUCGCCAGUGACUGAGAUCAAGCCUGUCGAAGCUGAGAAACCAAUUUCGCCAGUGAAUGAGGUCAAACCAGUCGAACCAGAGAAACCAAUUUCGCCAGUGACUGAGAUUAAGCCUGUCGAAGCUGAGAAACCAAUUUCGCCAGUGACUGAGUUCAAACCAGUCGAACUAGAGAAACCAACUUCGCCAGUGACUGUCGAAGCUGAGAAACCAAGUUCGCCAGUGACUGAGGUCAAACCAGUCGAAGCUGAGAAACCGAUUUCGCCAGUGACUGAGAUUAAGCCUGUCGAAGCUGAGAAACCAGUUUCGCCAGUGACUGAGUUCAAACCAGUCGAACUAGAGAAACCAACUUCGCCAGUGACUGUCGAAGCUGAGAAACCAAGUUCGCCAGUGACUGAGGUCAAACCAGUCGAAGCUGAGAAACCGAUUUCGCCAGUAACUGUUAUCAAACCUGUCGAAGCUGAGAACCCAAUUUCGCCAGUGACUGAGGUCGAACCAGUCGAACCAGAGAAACCAACUUCGCCAGUGACUGAGGUCAAACCAGUCGAAGCUGAGAAACCGAUUUCACCAGUGACUGAGUUCAAACCAGUCGAACCAGAGAAACCAACUUCGCCAGAGACUGAGAUUAAGCCUGUCGAAGGUGAGAAACCAAUUUCGCCAGUGACUGAGGUCAAACCAGUCGAACCAGAGAAACCAGUUUCACCAGUGACUGGCGUCAAACCAGUCGAACCAGAGAAACCGAUUUCGCCAGUGACUGUUAUCAAACCUGUCGAAGCUGAGAAACCAAUUUCGCCAGUGACUGAGGUCAAACCAGUCGAACCAGAGAAACCAAUUUCACCAGUGACUGGCGUCAAACCAGUCGAACCAGAGAAACCGAUUUCGCCAGUGACUGUUAUCAAACCUGUCGAAGCUGAGAAACCAAUGUCGCCAGUGACUGAGGUCAAACUAAUCGAACCAGAGAAACCAACUUCACCAGUGACUGAGAUCAAGCCUGUCGAAGCUGAGAAACCAAUUUCGCCAGUGACUGAGGUCAAACCAGUCGAAGCUGAGAAACCGAUUUCACCAGUGACUGAGUUCAAACCAGUCGAACCAGAGAAACCGAUUUCGCCAGUAACUGUUAUCAAACCUGUCGAAGCUGAGAACCCAAUUUCGCCAGUGACUGAGGUCGAACCAGUCGAACCAGAGAAACCAACUUCGCCAGUGACUGAGAUCAAGCCUGUCGAAGCUGAGAAACCAAUUUCGCCAGUGACUGAGGUCAAACCAGUCGAAGCUGAGAAACCGAUUUCACCAGUGACUGAGUUCAAACCAGUCGAACCAGAGAAACCAACUUCGCCAGUGACUGAGAUUAAGCCUGUCGAAGCUGAUAAACCAAUUUCGCCAGUGAAUGAGGUCAAACCAGUCGAACCAGAGAAACCAAUUUCGCAAGUGGCUGAGAUUAAGCCUGUCGAAGCUGAGAAACCAACUUCGCCAGUGACUGAGGUCAAACCAGUCGAAGCUGAGAAACCGAUUGCACCAGUAACUGAGUUCAAACCAGUCGAACCAGAGAAACCAACUUCACAAGUGACUGUCGAAGCUGAGAAACCAAUUUCGCCAGUGACUGAGGUCAAACCACUCGAAGCUGAGAAACCGAUUUCGCCAGUGACUGUUAUCAAGCCUGUCGAAGCUGAGAAACCAAUUUCGCCAGCGACAGAGGUCAAGCUUGUCGAAGCUGAGAAACCAAUUUCGCCAGUGACUGAAAUCAAACCAGUCGAAGCUGAGAAACCGAUUUCACCAGUGACUGAGUUCAAACCAGUCGAACCAGAGAAACCAACUUCGCCAGUGACUGUCGGAGCUGAGAAACCAAUUUCGCCAGUGACUGAGUUCAAACCAGUCGAACCAAAGAAACCAACUUCGCCAGUGACUGAGAUUAAGCCUGUCGAAGCUGAGAAACCAAUUUCGCCAGUGAAUGAGGUCAAACCAGUCGAAGCUGAGAAACCGAUUUCGCCAGUGACUGAGUUCAAACCAGUCGAAGCUCAGAAACCGAUUUCGCCAGUGACUGAGUUCAAACCAGUCGAACCAGAGAAACCAACUUCGCCAGUGACUGUCGAAGCUGAGAAACCAAUUUCGCCGGUGACUGAGGUCAAGCCUGUCGAAGCUGAGAAACCAAUUUCGUCAGUGACUGAGAUCAAGCCCGUCGAAGCUGAGAAACCAAUUUCGCCAGUGACUGAGGUCAAACCAGUCGAACCAGAGAAACCAACUGCGCCAGUGACUGUCGAAGCUGAGAAACCAAUUUCGCCAGUGACUGAGGUCAAGCCUGUCGAAGCUGAGAAACCAAUUUCGCCAGUGACUGAGGUCAAACAUGAUGAAUCAGAGAAAGCAAUUUCGUCAGUGACUGAGAUCAGGCCUAUCGAAGCUGAGAAACCAAUUUCACCAGUGACUGAGAUCAAGCCUGUCGAAGCUGAGAAAUCAAUUUCGCCAGUGACUGAGGUCAAGCCUGUCGAAGCUGAGAAACCAAUUUCGUCAGUGACUGAGGUCCAGCCUGUCGAAGCUGAGAAACCAAUUUCGUCAGUGACUGAGAUUAAGCCUGUCGAAACUGAGAAACCAAUUUCGCCAAUGACUGAGAUCAAGCCUGUCGAAGCUGAAAAACCAAUUUCACCAGUGACUGAGAUCAAGCCGGUCGAAGCUGAGAAACCAAUUUCGUCAGUGACUGAGAUUAAGCCUGUCGAAACUGAGAAACCAAUUUCGCAUAUGACUGAGGUCAAGCCUGUCGAAACUGAGAAACCAAUUUCGCCAGUGACUGAGGUCAAACAUGAUGAAUCAGAGAAAGCAAUUUCGUCAGUGACUGAGAUCAGGCCUAUCGAUGCUGAGAAACCAAUUUCACCAGUGACUGAGAUCAAGCCUGUCGAAGCUGAGAAAUCAAUUUCGCCAGUGACUGAGAUCAAGCCUGUCGAAGCUGAGAAAUCAAUUUCGCCAAUGACUGAGGUCAAGCCUAACGAAACGGAGAAAUCAAUUUCGCCAGUAAUUGAGAUCAAGCCUGUCGAAGCUGAGAAACCAAUUUCGCCAGUCGCUGAGGUUCAACAUGAAGAACCAGAGAAAUCAACUUCGCCAAAGACUGAGAUUAAGCCAGUCGAAGCCGAGAAAUCAAUUUCGCCAGUGACUGAGAUCAAGCCUGUCGAAGCUGAGAAACCAAUUUCGCCAGUGACAGAGGUCAAGCCUAUCGAAGCUGAAAAACCAAUUUCGCCAGUGACUGAGGUCAAAUCAGUCGAAGCUGAGAAACCAGCUUCGCCAGUGACUGAGAUUAAGCCUGUCGAAGCUGAGAAAGCAAUUUUGCCAGUGACUGAGAUCAAGCCUGUUGAAGCUGAGAAACCAACUUCGCCAGUGAUUGAUGUCAAACCUGUUGAAGCCGAGAAACCAAUUUUGCCAGUGACUGAGAUCAAGCCUGUCGAAGCUGAGAAACCAAUUUCGCCAGUGACUGAGGUCAAACCAUUCGAAGCUGAGAAACCAAUUUCGCCAGUGACUGAGAUUAAGCCUGUCGAAGCUGGGAAACCAAUUUCACCAGUGACUGAGAUCAAGCCUGUUGAAGCUGAGAAACCAACUUCGCCAGUGACUGAGAUCAAACCUGACAAAGCUGAGAAACCAAUUUCGCUAGUGAUUGAGAUCAAGGCUGUCGAAGCUGAGAAACCAAUUUCGCCAGUGACUGAGGUCAAACCAUUCGAAGCUGAGAAACCAAUUUCGCCAGUGACUGAGAUCAAGCCUGUCGAAGCUGAGAAACCAACUUCGCUAUUGACUGAGAUCAAGUCUGUUGAAGCUAAGAAACCUAUCUCGCCAGUGACUGAGAUCAAGUCAGUUGAACCAGAGAAACCAAUUUCGCCAGUGACUGAGAUCAAGCCUGUUGAAGCUGAGAGACCAACUUCGCCAGUGAUUGAGGUCAAACCUGUUGAAGCUGAGAAACCAAUUAUACCAGUGACUGAGAUCAAGCCUGUCGAAGCUGAGAAACCAAUUUCGCCAGUGACAGAGGUCAAGCCUAUCGAAGCUGAAAAACCAAUUUCGCCAGUGACUGAGGUCAAACCAGUCGAAGCUGAGAAACCAGCUUCGCCAGUGACUGAGAUCAAGCCUGUCGAAGCUGAGAAAGCAAUUUUGCCAGUGACUGAGGUCAAACCAGUAGAACCAGAGAAACCAAUUUCGCCAGUGACUGAGAUUAAGCCUGUCGAAGCAGAGAAACCAAUUUCGCCAGUGACUGAGAUCAAACCUGACAAAGCUGAGAAGCCAAUUUCGUCAGUGAUUGAGAUCAAGCCUGUCGGAGCAGAGAAACCAAUUUCGUCAGUGACUGAGGUAAAACCAGUCGAAGCUGAGAAACCAAUUUCGCCAGUGACUGAGAUUAAGCCUGUCGAAGCAGAGAAACCAAUUUCGCCAGUGACUGAGGUCAAGCCUGUCGAAGCUGGGAAACCAAUUUCGCCAGUGACUGAGAUCAAGCCUGUCGAAGUUGAGAAACCAAUUUCGCCAGUGACUGAGAUCAAGCCCGUCGAAGCUGAGAAACCAAUUUCGCCAAAGACUGAGAUCAAGUCAGUUGAGCCAGAGAAACCAAUUUCGCAAGUGACUGAGAUCAAGCAUGUCGAAGCUGAGAAACCAAUUUCGCAAGUGACUGAGAUUAAGCAUGUCGAAGCUGAGAAACCAAUUUCGCCAGUGACUGAGAUUAAGCCUGUCGAAGCAGAGAAACCAAUUUCGCCAGUGACUGAGAUCAAGCCUGACAAAGCUGAGAAACCAAUUUCGCCAGUGAUUGAGAUCAAGCCUGUCGAAGCAGAGAAACCAAUUUCGCCAGUGACUGAGAUCAAGCCUGUCGAAGCUAAGAAACCAAUUUCGCCAGUGACUGAGGUCAAACAUGAAGGACCAGAGAAACCAAUUUCGCCAGUGACUGAGGUAAAACCAGUCGAAGCUGAGAAACCAAUUUCGCCAGUGACUGAGAUUAAGCCUGUCGAAGCAGAGAAACCAAUUUCGCCAGUGACUGAGGUCAAGCCUGUCGAAGCUGGGAAACCAAUUUCGCCAGUGACUGAGAUCAAGCCUGUCGAAGUUGAGAAACCAAUUUCGCCAGUGACUGAGAUCAAGCCCGUCGAAGCUGAGAAACCAAUUUCGCCAAAGACUGAGAUCAAGCCUGUUGAAUCUGAGAAACCAGUUUCGCCAGUGACUGAGAUCAAGUCAGUUGAGCCAGAGAAACCAAUUUCGCAAGUGACUGAGAUCAAGCAUGUCGAAGCUGAGAAACCAAUUUCGCCAGUGACUGAGAUUAAGCCUGUCGAAGCAGAGAAACCAAUUUCGCCAGUGACUGAGAUCAAGCCUGUCGAAGCUAAGAAACCAAUUUCGCCAGUGACUGAGGUCAAACAUGAAGGACCAGAGAAACCAAUUUCGCCAGUGACUGAGGUCAAGCCUGUCGAAGCUGGGAAACCAAUUUCGCCAGUGACUGAGGUCAAGCCAGUCGAAGCUGAGAAACCAAUUUCGCUAUUGACUGAGAUCAAGCCUGUCGAAGCAGAGAAACCAAUUUCGCCAGUGACUGAGAUCAAGGCUCUCGAAACUGAGAAACCAAUUUCGCCAGAGACUGAUGUCAAACCAAUCGAAACUGAGAAACCAAUUUCACCAGUGACUGAGAUCAAGCCUGUCGAAGCUGAGAAAUCAAUUUCGUCAGUGACUGAGAUCAAGCCUGUCGAAACUGAGAAACCAAUUUUGCUAGUAACUGAGAUCAAGCCUAUCGAAGCUGAGAAACCAAUUUCGCCAGAGACUGAGAUCAAGCCUGUCCGAACUGAGAAACUAAUUUCGCCAGUGACUGGUAUCAAGCUGGACGAAACUGAGAAACCGAUCCGAUCCGAUCAAGUAACAUGUUAUCGUGGUACAUCGGAAACCUGGUCGCAUGUUGUUACAAGCGAUGAGAAAACAAUUUCAUCAGAUACUCUUGAAAUGCAAUCAGAAUUAAAUGUUGAAUCAGAAAAUCUAAUAUCUACCGAAAUCGCAGAAACGACUAUUUCAUCCAGAUUUGAACAUCAUAGAGAUGAAGCAACUUCUUCCUCACUUGUUCAGGAACUUGUAACAGAGAUUAAAAGUACGGUUGGAGCCGUAACUAAGGGAGAUUAUGUAACAAAAAAGGUAGACGAAAAAACUGACAUAUCGAUUACUGACGUUGAUCCAGUCGACCCAGAAAUGCUCAAGGAGACUGUUACACAUGUAACGAAGACGAAACCCAGUGAAAGUUUUGUCAAAACACAGACCUUUACAGAAUUUGUUGAAAAACAAGAUAUUGUUAAUACAAUAGUUAAAACUAAAAUUCUCUGUGAUGAAAAAGAGUCCGACAAGGCUGACGAUAGAACUAUUUCCACUGUAAUUGAAACACAAAAAAUAUUGGAUGGUACUGAAUCGUACACGGGACGCAUGACAAAAACUAAGACUGAUGAAACUAUUACCGAUACAAAAAUAUUAAGUUCCGCUGAAGUUCUAUCAAAGAAACAAUCGGAGAUAGGGGAGAGAAGGGAAGAAAUAGCAUUGUUGAAAUUAAAACUACAGAAGCACACACAUUCACACCAAACGGAGAAGUGCACCUUGUCUACUGAUACUAUCCUCGCUGAAACUCCGGAAAAACUUAUUGCGCAAGAGUCUGACCAUGCUUUUGAUAGCGACAAAAGGCAUAUGUCAGAUAUGGAACGGGCAGAUAAGUUAGAGCUUUCCGCACCAUCUGAACGUUCAGAUAUUCCGGAAGAUCUCAAGAAAGAUGAAUCGCGAUUUAUAGACACACGCAAGAGUUCACUUACUGCUGUCGAAGGAUCAACCUACGAUGAUGAUUCUCCACUGCUCACGGAUUUCACGACUUCAUCGAUAACGUACGUGAGUGAACGCGUCGAUUCUUCGUCGCUUGAGCUAAUGGCAGGCGAUAGCUUCGGGGACUUCCUGAAAGUAACUGCCGUCACGGGUAGAACCGAAGAGAAGAAGUUAGAUGCGCAAUCUCCAAUCUCCUCAGUAUCCCAUGCGACAACCGUUAGUGAAACGAUGGAAUCCUACACGCAUGACCAAGAAAAAGCAUACUCCGGUGGAUCUUUCCUACCGGAUGUGCCGACAGAAUAUGAACGUUCAAUUUCGCUCAGCGAUAAUGCUGCCUCAGACUUUUCCAUCGAAUCUGCAACCAAGUAUAAUUUGCCUUAUGAUACUGAAUCCGAUAGCCAUGACGUUGUAUCCGGACUACCGAAAGCUCGCGAUGACCGGGUGAAACUAGACGAACUUCAGGAGUUGAAGCAGGUAAAGUCCUGCAAGCUAAUGUCGAUCGAUCCUCGCCAUGAGUCAGCUUCACCCCAAAGUGACGUUACGGAAUAUACGGAAAGUGUUUCUUAUGUAGAGUCAAUUAUUGACAGUACAAAUUAUGAAAGCGCCUUAAAGCAAAGAGAGAAACAAGUUGAGCAGCAGAAGCAAAGCGAAAAAGCUCAGGAAAAACAUGUUUCCGAUGAAAUUUUAAAGAAAAAACAAGACGAAAAAUUAAGAGAAACUGCCGCUAAAUCUGCUGCCGAAAAGAAAGAAACAACUCAGGUAAAGAAAAAACAACCAAAAUCCAAAGCCACUAUAACUAAUAUAAGCCUACAGAAACCAGCGCCUAUUGAAAUAACAAAGCAAUCAAGCAAAACUGUUGAUAUCAAGUCUGGUACCAAGACUGUUGAGUACACCUCCAGCGCUAGUCGAACGACAACGGUGUCACGGACAUACACCAGUACCAGAACCCACGGCUAUAUGCAAUCUACGCUUUCUAGGGACCAAAAAGUAUUGAAACCACUAAAUUUGACCGAUUCCAGACACACUUCCCCAGUUAAGUCUUCCUACCGUUCUACUUCGUCUGCUUCUCAUUCAGCCGAGAGGAAAACUAAAUCGUCCAGAGAAUCUUCCAGUAGCAGAUCAGAGUUCACCACGACAAAACACGCUAGCAGACCAGAAUCAGCUAGCUUCAGUACUGCGAAGAAACACGAUUCUAAAUCGAUGGUACAGAGCAUCAAACAAACACGAAACUCCACAUCCAGUGACCGCACCGAACGUACAACUAGAUCAUUGCCCUCGUCCACUACUAAUAGCACCAGUCGAUAUCAUCAUCGCUCCAGGAAACCUGCUGAAACAACACCCAAAUCCGGAUCGAGUCCGAUCAGGAAAGCUGACAAAGAACAAGCGAAUAUAGCCACUAAGACGACUACAACGACACCAUCCAAGAGCAGCAAGGAGCGAACAAACAAAAGUAUGAUACCGGUAAAAGUCCCUAGUGCUAAGACAACGCCUAAGCGUGAUCUAACACAUAAAUCUAACGAGAAGUCGCCAGCAAGAAAGAUAACUAAACCCACUGGGAAGCAAACCAAAGAAGCUUUGACUAUAAGAUCAAAAACCGCUAAAGUAUCCACUGCCGAUGUGCAACCAGUAACAUCCUACAAGAUUGGCUUUGUUAAAACAGCGCCACAGGUAACAAAAACUAUGCAUACGUCCGGUGAUUCGAAACAGGACGACACGUACCGAUGCAAGUCCGCUAUGCACUACACAUACAAAGAUGCCGUCGCGUUCGAUCACACCGAAAUUCCGUCUUCGUUGCCAUCUAGUCCAAGCCGUCUUAACAAAAGUUCCUCCACCAGUACAAACGUGUUGACAAGUGAAGUAUUUACACGUACGAUCGACUCGUCGAAAUCGAUCGAGGUGAUUUACCGCCAGCCUUCGACCUCAAACGAACUGAUACGCAAGAUAAACGAGUACCGAUACAAUGACAUUGACUUGACCACUGACUCUAGCCUAUCUGACUCCAUCGCACUGCCUUCGUCGUCCUCCGAGCAAGAGAACGACGUCUACGGCAAACGUAAACGCUCCGGCAGUCCAGCCUCCCCAAGAGUAUACAGCACGACAUCGUCCGCAUCAUCCUCCACGACCACCACGACACGCAAACAGGCUCAGAUUAUGAGCAGUGAGCAGAGAUAUCGCAAAUCCGACAUCUGGAUGCGCACUGGUCAUCCACCGGAACUGUUACCCGAUGGUGACGACGAGAUUUAUCAAGCACUGCAUGCCGAUCGGCGCACGAUAGCAUCCUUCGACGGAAUCGUCAUGGAAAGUCGAAUCUCACCGAUACUCGACUUCCGGGCAUCGACACCACCUCGUCUGAAGUAUAAGUUUGAUUACGAUAGUUCCCUGUUUACAGAUGACAAACAAGAAGAAGAGACACAUACAACGGAGGGUUCCAAAGGCGAAGAAUAUCUAAAUUUAGUACAAUCGGAAGCCAGCAUCUUAGUCGAUAGUAUAUUGGAGGAAAGUGUGUCGAUCGUCAACAAUUCACAGUACCAACAGAACGUUGCGAUCGACACACAUGGCCAGUCGGAGAGCGAGCAAUACGCGAUUCGCAGUGAUAUACUAUCAUCUAACGAAGCUGACCAAGUCGUUAAGUCGCCCACCAUAGAAUCUAUGUCAGGCAAGUCUUUCGAUGAUAACAUUAGCAAUCCCGAAUAUGACAGUAGCGAAGCGAACCAGCUAAUAGCCAACCUAGCGGUUGCCCCUCCCACUGGUGAGGCGAGAGACGGUGCCAUUCCAACAGUCACCGCUUCCUGUGAACCUGUUGGCGAUGGCAUUGUCGACGAAGUGACGCAGAAAGAACGGCGAGCGAAGAAAAUCGAACGACACUUUUCCCGUCUGUCGUCCGAAAUCGAACCAGAAGCCUUACUGGACGAGAAUUGCGACUAUGACAAAGCCAUUGCACAAAUUAAAGAUGAAGUUUCAAUGCUGCAGAGUGAAUUUUCCAAAAUGAGCUGGGAUGAGAGCAUUUCCGCUACGACCGGUGAUUUCGGUUCCAGCACCCCCGAUCAUGAUCUACAAGAAACAGAAACGCAACCACAAACAGAAUUUACCAUACCAAAGCCAACGCCAAGAUCACAAACUAAUCUUAUCGCUGAUGCUGACGCCUCUGCCGCAACCACUAGUGUCACUACUGCCACCACUACCACUGCUACCAGCUCUGCUGCUGCUGUUGCCAUUUCACUAACAUCAUCCGUCGCACCAGCUAUCAAGAGUGCGGAUGAAGCCUCCAUUGUGGAAACUGAUGGCGACAAGUAUGCUAUUUCGGAGGAUAGCAGCGAGUUCUCGGGUAGCCAGGAACCGCUCCCGGUUCCGAAACCUCGAGCAAGUGUUUCAUCUCGCACCGACACACAAACCCGCUCCAGCAUAAUCGAAUCGUUCGACCAACCGGAUGAUUCCAUCGAACAAUAUCCAGAGCCCAGCCAACGGCAAGAAUCGGUCGCCUCAGAUGUUAUAUCUGCCGCUGUCCAUAGAGAUUCUAGGGAGUCCGAGAUAAGCGACGAUGAGCAAACUGCCGCCAAGUUCUACAUCGGUGAACGCUGCAGCGACAUCAUUACUCGCUCGUCUGUGGACAAACGGUUGGACUACGCAUUUGAUAACAUCGGGUAUGAACAUUCCCAGGACUCGAUCACAAACGAAGAACAACAACUGGAGCUCUUUAAGGUAUACCGCGAAAAAAUCUUGCAAGAAGACUCGUUCAACUUACAGUCUCUGCAAGAAGUGGAAAGCAGAACAGCACUGCACGAAGAGAUAAAAGCUGAAGUAAUUGAAAUUAUUGAAGGUACAGCUGAAGAGAAACCUCUCGAACUGGCACUCGAGCAUUCAGUAGAUAUACCUCGACAGUCGAAGGUCGUUCAUUCGCCAAUCUCACAGCAAAUAGUGACCUCAUCACUCGUCGACAUCGUCAAGCCUACUGACGAAAAACAAGUUGAACCAACAGACGACUCAAACAUUCCCCAAUCGACACAACGCACAAUAGAUGAACUGGUCUUCGAGAAAACCUUAGAAGAAGUUGAAGACUCUCUAGACGCAGUACAGGAAGAAUUGAUCGAAUCGGUCAUGGAUGGUAUCCUUAUUAAACAGUCACCAUCCGAGUUCGAGUUCAAAGUUCUACCAUCCACUAAGUACGUUCAAGAUCCGAUCUUCGAGGCGCAUCAGGAAGAAGUGACUGGUACGGUUCCCUGCUCCACCACGCCAAGUACCAUUCCCAAGUCAAUUGCCGUAACCGAAAUCAAGACCCCAUCUCUCGAGGAGAAGAAGACUUCCGAAGAGUCCAAACAAGUGCACGAAGAUCAAUCGAAAUCGGAUGAUGCAACAGCAACAAAGUCGCCUGAAUCUCCCUCAGGUCACCAGGACGUGUCACACCGACCAUAUAAAAUGCCACAACAGCCCAAGGGAAGCCGUUGGUCUGCUACCGAUGUAGAUAGCUCGGGCGAGAGUCACUAUCAAAGCUUCGAGUACACCGACAGCAGCCGACCGCUGUCUUCCGAUGUUGACAACUUGAUGCAACAGUAUGCCUCAUCCGAGUAUGAAACCGCAUUAGACCAUUCUACAGUACCCGUAUCGACCGAAUAUCAUAGUGCUGUUAGCACCCUGAACUCGUACAACGUCAGCUUAAGGAGUUUCGAUUCGGAAAGCUCCGGCCAUUUGGCCAGUAUCGAAUCCGAGGCUACCGAGACACUUGUUCCAUCGGCCACGGAUAUCGAUUUCGAUUCAUCCGAUGCGGCCGCACUUAUUCACGAUGAUUCUGAGGAUGAUAUUCGCGAAAAAUUACUGUUGGAUGACAAGGAGGAGCCCUCGGCGAUCACCAGCACAAUGCCUGUCGCAAUGAAACGCUCUCAAGAGAUGCACUUCGCGAUCGAUCUUAAUGAUGACGAUCUCCUUGAAGAUACGUCCGAUGUGUUUCAACUGCAGGAGGAAGUUGAAGCAAUAGCACAGGAACAUGCCGAGAAGCUAAGCUCAAGCAUCGGCAAUGCUUUCGAUCUCGUCGAGUCUAUGAAAGCUUCCAGUCUGGAAGAUGUCAAAACAGAAGGCAUCGAAGAGGUUAAAUUGGGAACUAGCUUGGAAGACGGAAGUAUUCUGUCGGUCAGUCUUUCGAGUGCAUCUAAUUUAGAAACAAUCAUGGAAAACUUGACGGAAAGACGGGAUACACUCCCAACUCACGUCGAUAUUGGCCUGGAUGCAAUUACCCCAACAGUAGAUAGCAUUAAAGACAUAAUCGGUGACAUUACUCUCACCUCAACCGUGGUUAGAGAAGGUGACAUGAACUAUUUGAGCACCCAAGCAUCAGUUGCAACUGUCGAUGAGAGCAAAGAGAUCGGUGAGGAAACCACCAAAAAACGCGGACAUAAACGCACCGAAAGCACAUCCGUUAUACCUGGAAGAUUGUUGACCGAAAUCGCCGCAGAGGCACACGAUGCGCUAGAAUCGCAGGACAAACCAGAAUCGGAAGCGCCUUCUAAGGAAUCAAGCUUGGAUGAACCUCGCGGUGAAUCACCAGAAUCCGAUUACGAUCGAUACGAGUCGGAAUACGCUAGAUCUUUUCGAGCCCCAUUAGCCCAGGCACAAAAGAAAAAGAUAGACAAGAAAACGGAGGGCUUCGAGAUGGAACUUGAACACGAUCGACGAAAUUCGUUUUCUCCUUCAAGCUCUGUCAUCGAAACAAUUGUUGAAGACGUCCACGCCGAGAUCGAACAGGGUGAUGAAGCACAAAAAAUGAUGGAAAUUAAAAGGGAGAGUUUGCAGGAAUAUCAACAGAAAUCAACACAGAGUAUUCCGGACAUUCAGGUAACGGAUGAUGCUCAACAGGCUGAACCGGAAGAAGAAGAACCAGCAGCUUCGUACUCAAAAAUCGUUCAGCAGAAAACUUGCGACGACCAGAAGGUUCAGUAUGCAAAACAGGAGGAGUUCAAAAUCAGCGAAGAACAAUUCCAGGAAAUGAUUGAACAAAAAUACAAAUCAAAAAUGGCAGACGUUACCACCAAGUACGAUUUCGAAGCGGAUGACAAAGAUGAUUCGGCAGGAUCGGAUUCGUUCGAGAUGCUAGAGCAACCGGAUAUAUCCGAUGAGUUCGUAAUCGUGGAAGAGGUAGCGCGUGAAGCUCACGAAUUCGAUACGGAAGGUCAGAGUGUCUCCAUCAAGCCAAUUCGAAAGGAGAAGAAACAUGAUGAAGAGGUUGAAAAGAUGCUGGUAAAAUCGGCACCUGCGCACACAAAUGCAGGCUCACUGUAUGCGAAUAUGCGCGAGGACAUGAUGUAUGAUUUUGAGGAAAGUCCACCGACUGGAAGCGAAGAGGUUGAUCCCACCGGAGUGACAAUGGAUCUGCUUAAUAACGGCUACCCACUGGAGGAGAGUAAGCGCUGGGUCGAGAUGCAACUGGCUGAAACGCAGAACUUCCGUUAUCCGUAUGAGGAUAGAUUGGAGGACAUUAAGGAAGAAGAUACCGACUUCGAGGUGGGAAGUAGCCGAAUCGGGAGCAUCAAGGAUUCAUUCUCCAGCACACCAGAUUACGACAUGUUGGCGAAGAGACUCGCCUCCAGGGAACAUGAUGAUAUCUCUAUGAGUAGUUUGCAGGAAUUCGAGAGUUUGGAACAAGUCAUCUCUCUGGAGAACAGGAAAAUGCAGCAGGGAUCCCAAGACUCGCUGAGUAAUGGUAGUUUCACCAGAAGAUUCUUAGCCCGCGGUCAUGGCGAUGAUAUCAGUCUCUCGAGUUUGAAGGAAUUUGAAGGACUAGAAACGGCAUGUAUGGAGGCACAUUUGAUCGAAAUUAAGGCUAAGGAGGAGGCAGCACUGCUGCUAUCCAGAUCGGAUGAAUCAAACAAAUCGGACAUAUCGAAUGGCAUAAAAAGAAGCCCACCGAUGAGUGCUGCUGUUGUAAGGGCAAUCGCAACCACGAGUGUAACCACGUCCGAACCCGAAAUAUCUACUAAGAUCGAAAGCAGAACUACAACAACCGAAAUUAGCAAAGAUUCCCUUUCGGGAACGACAACCACAACAACAGUUACAACAAUCUCUCACGAAAGCCAAAUACGGCAUGCUUUUGAUGAGGAGGAUACUUCGCAUCUGCUAACCGUAUCGAGUGACAGUCUGGAUGGAAACCGUGUCUUGAAGCCGACCAUCAAUAAAGAUACAGCUUUAUCGGCACACUCUAGCAGCGACAGCUUAGAAAUAAACAAUAGGAACAACGUUGAUGUAAUGACCAGCAGUAUAGAUUCGAUUGAAUUCUCCAAAGCUGGAGCUGUAACAACAAGGUCCUCACGAUCAGAUUCAAUAGAGCAGCUGGCAUCGCAACAACCUCCACGUAGUGAUAGCACAGAUUCGAUCGAGAUGCAGCACGCCAUUAUCUCCAGAGCUAGCGAAACAAAACGUGAUUCGCUGGAUUCAUUACCAUACAGUAUCGAAAACAAAAGCGGUUUCAGUAGCCCGACCAAGUCAGCUUGUGGUCCGCGGGCAUUCACUGAAAGUAUUGUAAUUGCGGGUAGCAGCACGACCAGUUACCAGCCAACAAUCACUAUGCAAUCCGGUAUGAUCAAGGACAUAUCGGUGGAUUCAUUAACCGGACAAGACGUUUUAUUGACAAGCACCGAUAGCAUUGAAACGAGUUCGACGGCAACAAACGCCACCUAUCAGAAUGAGACAGACUCUCAAAUGUCAUCCAGUGUGACAAGCUGUGGAUCCAUAACGAUGGUUGACAUACUAGACAAUAUAGGCGAGAUGGAAGAGUUCGAUCUACAGGGAGGCCUAAGCUACCCCAACACAAUGAUUUCAACAGAUUCUGGUAGCUCUAGUCAGCAACAGCAGCAGCAACAGCAUCAACAGCAGAUGACGCAAGUGUUUCGCAGCACUUCAACAACGACCACUACUUCGACAGCAGCCAGUGCCAGGGGAGAGUUUCCAAUAUCGGAACUGUUAAGUAGACAAAUGUAUCCAGGAGAAUUGACAUUUGAUGAUGCAAAGGAAUCAGCGAAGGAGAAAUUACAAAGUAAAACGACUGAAAAGGAGGACUAAACGAAGAAGACAUUUCGAUCGAAUGCGUACGAGGAGAUCAGCUGAUUUGAUUUCCAUCCACUACACACUAACAUAAUGUACCCUUUUCCCGAAUAUUCGAUGAUAUUUUCAUUAUAACAAACAAGCAAAACCAUAUUAAAUCUACUGUAUUGUGAGAAAAAAUGAAUAUUCAAGACAAUGAGAAAAAAUAAGCUUAGCUCAAUUUUCGUUUAAUCUAGUAAAACAACUUCUACAGAAAAACAAAACAUUAAGAAAAGUUCAUAUAUACAACAUCCUACUAACCUUUCACGAGACAUGCAUAGUAAAGAGUACUGUACCAAAAAUGAUUGUCAGUCAGAACAGCAGAUACUAGGCGUAGAUUGACAAGAGACAUUCUUGCUGUUAGACACUGGACAGGGUAGGAAAACACAUAAUCGGGAGGACUACAUUCGAGGAUUAGAUAUAACGUAAGAAAACUGAAUUCUAUAUUCACUUAUUUCUACAUGCGUAGUUUCGCUUUUUUGACACAGUCAAAGUAUGCAAAUGCUUAGCAAAGGCACCGGCGUCAGAUUGCUAUUCAAAUUGCCAAUAAAAAAAAAUAAAAUAUUUUCAUGUGUGACAUAACCCAACUGCGCGCAUACAUCAAAUGGAGCGCAUAAAGAUGCAAAAGUGGCUAAUCGAGUGGAAUAAGACAAACAAGAAUCGUUAACUUUUUUGAUGUUAAUGCAAGCAAGUGAACAGUUAUUUAGUAUUGAGAAUGAAAAAGGGAAAAAUGAACAAAACAUACGGAGGCAGUGAAAUGAGCAAAAAAAACCUCUGAUAAACCAAGUAUUUUACAUGAUAUUUAGGAUAAACUUAAACCUAAACUGCAAGGUUAAUAUUAUAUUAAAUCGAUGUAACAUUUGCGAAACUAUCAAAUAAAUGCUUAAUAAAAGA